CUACACAAAACACGCCUUUUAUCAACGAGGGGCAAUCCGCCAAUCAGUCAGGCGAUUCUGGUAUCGCGCUGUUGCGCGGGUGCAGAUUUCAAGCGAGGAGCACGGGAGAGCAGCUAGCUCCACCUCCCGACGUUUGCUCACAACAUCCUUUUCCAAAGGACGACCCACACCUUCUGCUGAAUGCCACCUCAAGGGGCCUGCUCCUCGGUCCGCAGACACGAUGACUUCCCUUGGUGAUAGUCACAGUGCCUGCGAGGGCAGUCUCAUUGCUCAGGGAGCCAAACAAGCGAAGGAUGACGAUUUGUGUCCUCAGGACGCCUCCACUCAAGAAGCAUCACCAUCAUCUAUUCUCCCAUCAGACUAUCUUCUCUCUGCUCGUGCCACGCUGGCGGCAGAUGCACACACCUGUACACCUCCCGAUCAAAGCUUCCAAGGGAAGGCCCAGCUCGAUACGACAGCUGCAAACUCAGACCCGAACGGUAUCACGAUCAUAGAUCCCUUCAUCACCGGACUACUUUUCCAAAGCCCCGCAUACACCUCGAAUAGAAGAAACAAUGCGCAAAGGAACCUCGAGCUCACAUUGCCAUAUCGCACUUCCUCUGCCAACGAUGCCGAGUCAAGCGAUGACAGUGAAGCGUCGAACGAAUACUCGUGGACAGCGCAGACGAAGACUCCAGAUGGACGCGUUAGUAUCAUUGUGAUUUCAACUGAUACCGGAGCCCCAACCAACUUCAUCUUCCGUUUGGCACUUGACAGAAUCGGCGACUUCGAAGAGUUUCCAAUUCCCCAACGGAAAUUGAAAGCAUAUACCAACCCGUUGGACAAGAACAGGAAGGAAGUGCCAAAAUUUUUCGUCCUUCUGCCUCUGUACAACAGCAAGCUCGGUCUAAACGAAGUGGUCAGACUGAAAGUUUUCGAGCUUUCCGACGGUACCAAUGGAUUUGAUAUUAUACUUGGCCGCACGUUCCUCCGCAGCCACGGCGGUCACAGAUUCUUGGGAAAAGUUGAGAAAGCUAGCUUAGCUGAGCCAGGGUUGGCCAGUAUCGGAGACAACUCGUUUGGCGCUCUAUUUGGAAGCAAAAGAACCAAUGAACAAAGAUUGCUUGACGCACAAGAGGACAACAGAUUUCAUGAACAGAACAAAGCGACGGCGUCGAACCUGUAUGCAUCUAGCGGACUUGGAUCCCAAUCCUCUGCGGGUGGAACAUGGGCCGGGACCACUGGGCUUUCUCAAGACCCGACGGCGCGGACCUCAGGCACAGCCACUCAGAAUCCCUCGGCCCAGCAACCCAAUGGCUUCCCCUUCUACCAGGGUACUGGUGCUGGGCAGCAGAGACCAGACACUUGGAAUCCCUCGGCCCAGCAACCCAAUGGCUCCCCCUUCUACCACGGUACUCGUACUGGGCAGCAGAGACCAGAUCGCAAUGCUCCAUUGCGCGAUCUUCAAGGCGACUUCGCAAGCCGGAGGUCCAACACCAACGACAGUGAUGCCACCAACUUCUCGGGAAAUACGAUAUUCUCGUCAAUCACCAGACGGACCACAGCUUCCACGAUAUCGACCUGCUCGAGUAUCCCAGCAACGCCAACGGUGGAGGGAAAGGCUGCUGAACGUGCAGCGGACUGCUCAGUCCCGGAAAGUUGUGCUUCGGGUGACGUCCCCAAGCAAAACAACGAGUAGAUGGUACGUCGUGUUCGGGUAUCGCAGUUGUUUUAAGCUUUCUAUAGUUUGCAUGAUGACGACGUGACGACAUACCUCCUUCUCUCAUGCGAAUCACCGAGCCCUCGCACGCGCACGAAAAAUACGAAUCUC